GCCUUGGCCUUGGCCUAGUCGCCCCGUUGAGGCCCCGCUGUCAUGAAGCUGCUGCGUCUGCUGUGCCGCCAUAAAACGGCCCUGGGCCUGGGCGGCCUGUCGCUCUUUGCAGUGGUCCUGCUUUACCUGGCCAAAUGCACCUCUGAGGGCCUCCGGCCUCUGCCAGCCCCGCGGGGGCUCCCUCACAACCAGCUUCCACCGCCGUCGCUGCGGGGUGCCAGGGGGCUGCAUCCUCCAGCAGCCCCACCACCACCCCCUGAGGAGACAGCCUUCCUGGCUGUGCUCAUCAUGAGCGGCCCCAAAUACACCGAGCGCCGCAGCAUCAUCCGCAGCACGUGGCUCUCUGCAGCUGGGCAUUCUCCUCACGGUGACAUUUGGAGUCGUUUUGUGAUUGGCACGGGUGGGGUUGGCGCAGAGGAGCUUCGUAGCUUGGAGCUAGAGCAGAGCCGUCACCGAGACCUCCUUCUCCUGCCAGAACUGCGGGAUUCCUAUGAGAACCUGACUGCCAAAGUCCUGGCUACAUACAUAUGGCUGGAUUUGCACCUGGAUUUCCAGUUUGCCCUGAAGGCUGAUGAUGAUACCUUUGUACGCUUGGAUGUGCUUGUGGAAGAGUUGAGGGCCAAGGAGCCACAUCGCCUCUACUGGGGCUUCUUUUCUGGCCGUGGUCGAGUGAAAUCUGGUGGCAAAUGGAAAGAGAGUGACUGGGUCCUCUGUGACUACUAUCUACCAUAUGCUCUGGGUGGGGGUUAUGUUCUUUCUGCAGAUCUAGUGCACUACUUGCGUCUUAGCCGAGACUAUUUGAACAUGUGGCAGAGUGAAGAUGUCUCCCUGGGUGUCUGGCUAGCUCCCAUUGAUGUGAAGAGAGUGCACGACCCUCGUUUUGACACUGAGUAUAAGUCACGAGGUUGCAACAAUAAGUACAUAGUAUCUCAUAAGCAAAGCAUUGAGGACAUGCUAGAAAAGCACCAGACCCUUGCCAAAGAAGGGAAGCUCUGUAAGGAGGAGGUUAAGCUCAGGCUUUCCUACAUGUAUGACUGGGGAGUGCCUCCUUCACAGUGUUGCCAGAGGAAGGAUGGCAUCCCAUGAAAGGUCGAGAAAGGAAAAGGCAAAUGGUUAAAGGACUUUCUGAGCUUGGUUACUGUCAUGUGGGGAAAACUCCAGUAAUUUGGGCUUAAAAAUUACUCAAAGAUGUGCACGAUUCACGAUGUCACGAUAAAUGUAACCCUGAAACUGCUAAGAGCUACUGAUAUGACAUGAUGUACAGAUGUAAAAAACAGAAGUAAUAGGCGAAAAACAUGGAAAGGCUUACACUACAGGACUGAAGGCAAAGAAUAGGUUGCAAAAUACAGAUAGAAUAAAAAACUAGGGGGAGAUAACUUGGAUGCGAAGCUGCUGGAAGAUCUUUAAUAGAUUCUAAGAUUUAUUUGCUAAAGAUCAUGGCAGACAUUUGCACCAUCUAGGAGAUUGGGAGGCCAACAUCUAGUGUUUGUUUCUUUUCAAGGAACAAGUAUCAAGUUUGGUAAGGUUUGAAGAUCGCAGUGGGACAGCAAAUGAGCUGCUACUGCCAGUGGGAGCAGGUGGCUGGUUGCAGAUUAAGCAUCCAAGUAAAGAGAACAGCUUUGUACAGGAUAUUCAAGUUAUGGGAUGGAGAGAGUCUGCUCUUUGGAGAGUAUUCUGACCUACAAGAGUGGAAUUGUUAGACUGUCAGGGUAACUUGUCUCUAUUUUCUUUUAUUGUUGUUUUAAAGACAUCAUGUAUAUAAAUUAUCUGGCAGCUACAGAGUAAGUUUGUAUUUAGAAAAGUGGGUGGGUUGUGGUAUUUUGCAGAAAUAGUGUAUAUUAUCUUCAUUUGGGAUCAAAAAAGUUAUGCUAUAAAGCUAGCCUUCAGUUAUUAGGCAUUAGCUUAUCCUACAAACACACUGCGCACGAAGAAACAUUUUACUUUUUUAAAAAUAGUAAAUAAUCCUACUGACUAAUAUAUGGUCAAGUGUUGUAGACUUGUAGAUUUAUAUUGGUUUGGAUUACUUCUGUAAAUAUAAGUUAGCAAGAUUUGACCAGUGGAGGGUACUCAGCAUUUCAAAUGUGACCAUUCCAACUUCUGUACCUCAGCUAAGAAAACAAACUUCUUGUGUAGUCAAGAGAAAGAAAUCUUCCUGAUUAUCAUAUGGAAGAAGGUAACUACUAUUUUUUUUCCUCCCAAAUCAUUGUUUGAAGAUGCCCUUCUGUCUCUUUUUAGUAGUUGCAUGUGGAUCUAAGGACACUAAUCUCCCUAUUGUCACCUUCAGAUGUCCAAAGUUAGAUUCUGUGAAUUCCUUCAUUGUCCCCAGUAGCAUCCGGUAGUGGAACUAGAGAUAACUUUAUUAAUAACUUGAUACGUAGCUUUACAAAGUGUCUAAAUUAAUUGCUGAAGUGAUAUCUCAGUGAAAUGGGAUUGUUUCCCCUAGUCUAGUUUACAUUGUAAAUAAUUCUAGCACUGACAGAGCUUGUCAGUAGCAGUAUUGACCAGUAAAUGCAGACAGGAGGUUCUUGGCUGUAGAACAGCUUACACAGUUUCGAUGUUAUUUCUCUCCAAGCUCUUAGGUGAUCAUGUAAUCCAAACACUUCCAAACAGCACUGCAGAUGCUGUAAUACACAGAAGUACUUUUUUUCCAUCACUAGUACAGAGCUGCUUACUUCUGAUAAUGUUUGUUACCUACAGAUAUUUCAGUAUAAGCAGAGUUCUUACUUUUAUGCCUGAAAGGCAUGUUUUUAGUGAUCCAUUUUACUGUUUGUUGCACAGUGCACUUUCAUAUAACUUCUUUGUUUUUCUUUUCUCCCUGGGCCAGUAUAUAUCUAUCUUACUUGCAAGAAAAGAAAAAUUACAAAGAAAAAGAUAAUUGGUGCUGAUAUCAUUCUGGUGUUGCUUCUUAGAUCUGCAAGUUAACAAUUUAUACCGAAGGAAUCAAAUAUAGUUUUUUGUUCUUGUAUCUCUUUUUUUGUUCAACUUAUUGAGGAUUCAGUCUGCUGUUCUGGAGCAGAUGAUAAUUCUCUACUUUGAAAGUUUGAAUAAAAUCUUCAACUUCCUUCUAAAAACAAAGUUAGCAAAUGAAGAUAUUGAAAAAUAAAUUAUUUUAGCAUGUGUCCAUUCUAAUGCAUGUUUAUGUAUUGACAGAUAGGCAGAUGUGCAGUUCAGCAAGGUAUAUUAUUCUAAAACAUGAAGUUAAUAUUUAACAAGAAUACAAUAAAUUUAAAAUUGGUUUUAGCAUUGUAAAAAUAUCUACUUGCUCUACUGGGUAAACUAGUCUUUUAUGUAUAUAUGCGAUUAAGUGCUUAUAAUUGUGAGUAUUUAUUUAUAAGUAUUGAAAAUGUAUGAUAUAUAGUAA